UCAUUUGCGUAACACAUUUGAAACAAGUAGAAGUCCGGUUCAAUCUUAGUUUGUGUUUUGGUUAAGUUGUUGCGUUAUUAUUGUACGUUUAAGUCGGAAAAAGGCGGACAAAACUGUGAAAAUGCCGUUAAUUUGGAAUGACGAUCAAACCCAACUUAUCGAUGAUUCGGACGAUUUUGAUCGGAGUCAAUACGUAAUUGCAAGGAAAGUCUUUCUAAGAUUCAAGGAGCAUGCUAAGAACAAAGACGAACAGUGGAUUCGAGGUGCAUUUAAAAAAGUUGAUCAGAUCGAAUCGGUAGAAAUAUUCCAAGAAAGUGAUCAUACCUGGGCACAUGUGACAUACGUAGAUAGUAACGAUGCAUAUUAUGCCGUCCGAGACGCGUCAAACUUAGAAGAAAUCGAAGUAGCUUUACCAGCUGAUACAUGGGCCCAACCAACACUGUUUUCCUCGACAGAGCCGGAUGCCCAGUCAUUGGUUGAUGCAUUACAUAAAUUUGAAACUGCUUCCAACUCCGACGAAAGUCAAACGGAUGGACUUCCAUCACUUAGACAAUUGAUAUUCAUGUCAACGAAAUCUAGGGCGCCAACAGUGAAAGAAGCGGUAGAUCGUAUUCUACCGUUGGUGAAAAGUUUUGAAUUUCAAUUGACCGAUGCAAAGGGCACAGCUGUUUUUCUCAGUGAAGUUCGUUCGAUUCUGCAAUGCAUUGGUCAACACAUUUCUGAGCUGGGUGUCACGUUCCGCAUGGACAAAUAUCCGAAGUAUACCGAUCGAUAUUAUCAGAAAAUUUGCCAGUACGUUGGACCACAACUGAAGACACUAUCACUGAGUGGCGUUCCAGCGAACCAAGGAUGGCUCAUUGCGUUGAAACCGUUACUCUGUCGAAUUGAAUGCUUCUCUUUGCGAACGAGCAAUUACGACUUCGAGUAUGACAUUGAUUUCGAAGCGUGCUGCCCGAACGUGAAAACGCUAAACAUCUACAUGAACUUGAAAGGGACACACUUGAGCCGGAAACAGCCGAAAUUGGAGAAAUUAUCAAUGUUGCACAAUCAGUUCAUGGAGGAGACAUUGGUUCUUGAAUUUAUGAAAAAUAAUCCGCAGCUGGUGCACUUGAAGAUCCAAGCCAACGAUGCCAAUAAUUUUCUGAAGCAAAUACCGUUGCACUUACCGAAACUGGAACACCUUUGCUUGCAUCAAGGCUAUCCGAAUAUAACGGCAGAAAAUUUGGAACAUUUAACGGUUAUGCAGCAACUGAAAUCAUUGGAACUGAUGUACUUGGACGAAGAAGAUUUCAACGGAAUUUUGAAUUGUUUGCCCAAAUUCCGACAACUAGAAGCAUUACAGUUGCAUUUACAUUACGAUGGCCCCGACGACAUAGACCUGGAGUACGUGUUUCAACCGAAUUUCGAUUUGAUCGUAACGUUGGCACAAGAACUGCCACAGUUGAAACGAUUUCACCUUCGCUACUGCCAAAUCGAUGCAGAGACAUUGCAAAAUUUCAUCCGAUACGCCAAGAAUUUGGAGAUUUUCACUAUUAAUGGAUGCGGUUUGGAAAUAACGGACACAAUGCUCGAGAACAUUGCAACUAGUCGGCAAGGCUCGGGGGCUGUAACUAUGGUGCUGUAUGCUGACAAAAUUCAUCCAGAAUUGAAUAGAGAGAAAUUGUACAGCGUCGUAAAGUUGGUUUCGUUUGAUCUGUAUAAACCUUAGCUGUUAUUACCUUUUGAAUUGAAUAAAUAUUUUGUUGAUU